GAAAGUUGCUAUAUAAUGAUAAACAGAGAUCAAAACUGUUAGUUGUUGAUCGAGCAGCGGUGUAGAAUGGUCUUUUCGUGGAUUGUAAUUUUCGCACUCUGUGUGUGUUCUACACAGGCAUUAAACUUAAACUACCCCAAUGGAGCAACUACCCAAGUUACUUGUGAUAAAGGCGAAACUCAGUCAUAUCAACGAAUCGGAGAGAAGUACUACUUUUUAGGGGAAAAGAUGUCCACCUGGUUCGAGUCAGCACACUUGUGCCGUCAAUUUGGUGGAGACUUGGCUCUAAUCGAAUCGGCCAAGGAAAUGGAUGCAAUUUCGACAUUUCUUAAGAACCGUCGCUAUGAAAAUAUUCGGAUUUGGACAUCUGGAAACGAUCUUGUUGAAAUCCAUAAGUUCGCCUCUUUAACAAAUGGAUUGCCAUUGUCAUUCACCUCCUGGUCAGUUGGACAACCAGACAAUCCUGGCAUCGAGCGAUGCGUUCAUUUGUGGUUUAAAGACGGUGCCUUCCGCAUGAACAAUUGGGAUUGUCCUGGAAAAGCAUUUUACUUAUGUCAGAGACAGAACUACACCCGGUGCUGGGAUGGCUACUAAAAAAAAGUUUGUAUAAAAAUUAAAAAUAUGUAGGAUUUAUUAGUAAAAUCGAAAAUCCAUAAAAGUGCUAA